UCCUCUAUGACAAAUGCGAGCCAACCGGAGAAAGCUGACCAGAACCACAACGCUACAACACCUCCCUCCAGGAACAGGCGAGGAUCACACGUCAUAGCCACAGCAUCGGAAGAGCCCCUCCAAUGCCACACUCUCAUCUCUCUCCCUCUGCAUCUACACCGCUGACCUCCCACACCACAUGUCCCGGAUAAACAAAAUGGCUUACUCCCUCGCCACCCGCAAACCCCUCAACAAUGGUCACAGCAUCCCCUCCAUCCACCUUGGCGUCUACCUCAUGUCCGGAAAAGAAGCCUCACAAGCUGUAGGCCAUGCUCUCGAUGCAGGUUACCGCGCUGUAGAUUCCGCACAAAUGUAUCACAAUGAACGCGAGGUCGGGAAUGCGAUCCAGAACUGGCUGAAAUCUCAUCCGGAGGUGAAGAGGGAGGAUAUGCAUUAUACGACGAAACUUGCUAGUAAUAGUGAUUAUGAGAGGGCGAGGAAGAGUAUUACGAAAAGUGUGAAAGAGUGUGGGUUGGGGUAUAUUGAUUUGUUUUUGCUGCAUAGUCCGUAUGGAGGGAAACAGGCACGAUUGGAGAGCUGGAGAGCUGUAGAGGAUGCUAUUGAGGCGGGUGAGGUGAGGUCGGGUGGUGUUUCGAAUUAUGGCGAGAAGCAUAUCGAUGAACUGCUCUCUUCCAAGCCUCGAAUUCUCCCUACAGUGAAUCAGAUCGAAGUUCAUCCGUUUAAUACCCGGUCGGCCCUCACCCAGUACUGCGCGAAGAACAAUAUUGUCGUUGAGGCUUACGCUCCCCUAGCUCGGGCUUUGCGCAUGAAGCAUCCCGUCAUUGUGGAAUUGGCCAAGAAGUAUGGCUGCACAAGUGGUCAGCUAAUGGUGAGAUGGAGUCUCCAACACGGCUACGUACCUUUGCCAAAGAGCGUAAGGAAGGAGAGAAUUGUCGAGAACGCACAAGUCGAGCAGUUGGAGAUCUCGGAACAAGACAUGCAGAGGAUGGACGAACUGGACGAGUACCUAGUCACUGAUUGGGAUCCCUUGGACGCGGAUUAGACUUUGACAGGCAUGCUAUAGGGAUACCCAUAGCUCUGUCUUAUCAAUGCGGCGCAAUCAAGACAGUAGCGUACCUUCUUGAGGCGAUACUGCAAGAAACGAGCAAAACGAAGCGGAAGCAACUCACCAAUCAGCGAGAUCGAGAGGACCAAAAAAUGCCCUACAUGUCGGCCGCUUUGCGCUACCAGCAACAUGUGUUGACAACCACCAGUCGUCAGUAAACGUUUGCUGUGCUCCAGUUCACAUUGAUGGAAUUAUACGACCACAUGUCAAAAUAUGAUCCCAUCCCGGGAAACGCAGGCCAGGACUUACGUGACAUCACGCCUAAGCGACCUCUAGGCCCAGAGCUGACGCAGAAUCACAGAUAUGCGAUGUGGGUAUACAAGCCGUCGUUGAAUCCCUAUUUGAUACGCUUCAUCUCAUCAUCAGCGAAGUUAGAAGAACAUAUGAGAAAGAAAGCUCGAUAUCGGGAAUCAAGAAAUAAAGCCAACACUAAAAGCAUCUCUGAUCUAUCAUAAAAUUUUGUGAAUGCGCGUUGAGCGUGGACGCAAUGCUGAUCUUUGGUGAUACAACAGUAAGCUACAGCUCUCCACCUUGUGUCGGCCCACUGUUGUGUAACAUAAGACGAUGCUGCCAGUAUCACCCUGCGCUGAGGCGACCUUGACGUCCACCUUUGGGCUCGACAGCUACUCGAAAACCAGGCAUAGAAUCUACC